ACUUCAAUUAAAAUGAAUACGCACAUCUCGUUAACGACCAUAUCUGCCACCUCUUUGAAGACGUCUGCCCAGGCAACGUCUAGCCGAGAUUCGAGAUCCUAUUCAUUAGUCGGUUCAACUUCGGUACCUCCGGUGGAGACGUUCGCGCACCGUUCACACAAUUUAUAAAACUAUGAAGGUGGUACAGUACGCCAGUGUUGAGAAGCUGUACCAACAGUUUCCGGCUAUUCGCAAGCAAGAUGUCAAGGAAUUGGAUCUGUGGGUGAAAACCCAAUUGCAUUUGCCGUCAGUAUCGGAGCUCGAACUAAUUCAGUUCUUACAAUCGAACGAAUAUGAUACAGAAGCUGCCAAACGGACUAUUGAAGUGUUCUUUACGUUCCGAUCAAGUUAUAAAGAUUUCUUUCAUGACAGAGAUAUUUAUGCCGGACCAGUUCAGCGAUCGAUGGAUGUGUUAUCAUUAGUUAUUCUUCCGGAGCUGACACCAUUGGGGUACCACGUUCUACUCGCCAAAAUUGUCGAUUCAGAUGCGUCAAAGUUCAAUUUGGCAACACUUUUAAAGCUGGCAUUCAUGUGUGUGGAUGUUGCACUUUGGGAGGAAGGUUGCACUGAAGGAUUUCUGCUGGUCAUCGAUAUGAGUGGACUUCAUUUGGGGCAUUUUCCAAAGCUGGGCAUUUUCACCCUGAAAAACUUUUUGUACUAUAUACAAGAAGCGUUGCCUAUCCGACUUAAAGGAGUGCAUUUGAUUAAUGUCGUUCCGUUCAUCGAUAAGAUUGUGGCUAUGGUCAAGCCGUUCUUGAAGAAAGAAAUUCUGGAAAUAUUUCACCUUCAUCAAAAAGAAGAUACCGUAUAUCCCCACAUCCCCCAGAGUAUUCUGCCAAGCGAGUAUGGGGGAAGUUCACCUUCUCGAUCGGUUCUGACAAAACAACUUUUUGAUAAAACUUUGGAGCUGAGGGACUUUAUAUUAGAAAAGGAGCGAGCCCAAAAAGUAGACGAAAGCAAACGUAUUAAAACUCGUUCGUUAACUAAUAUGUUUGGUUUAUUUUAAAAUAUUGUUCUAAUAAAAAUCCA